AUGGAGGUAGGGCAGUUUACGAAGUUCAUGGAGAUACUCACCGUUUUACAAGUCAAUAUUCCAUUUUGUGAUGCUUUGGAACAAAUGUCAGUGUAUGCUAAAUUCAUGAAAGAACUCUUGAACGGUAAAUGCAAAUGCAAAGAUGAUGGAAAUGUAGCGCUAGCAGAGGAAUGUAGUGCUAUCAUUCAAUGCAAGCUACCACCUAAAUUAACUGAUCCAAGUAGGUUUACAAUCCAUUGCUUUAUAGGUUCAUUAAAAAUUGGCCAAACACUUUUUUAUUUAGGAGCUAACAUAAAUUUUAUGUCAUUUUCUAUGAUGAGGAAAUUGGAUUGUGGGGAGCCAGAACCUACGAAAAUGAAUCUAACGCAUGCCAAAAGAUCUGCCACUUAUCCUUAUGAAGUUCUAGAGGACGUAUUGGUGAAGGUUGAUGAUUUACUAUUUCCUGCGAAUUCUGUCAUUCUGGAUAUGUCGGAAGAUGCCGAAACACCAUUAUUAUUGGGGAGGCCUUUCCUUGCUACAACAGAGCUUUGA